AUGGAUGAGGAAUACGAUGUGAUUGUUCUUGGGACGGGUCUCAAGGAAUGCAUCCUCAGUGGUCUGCUAUCCGUCGAUGGUCUUAAGGUUCUGCAUAUGGAUCGCAAUGACUAUUAUGGUGGGGAAUCGACUUCACUCAAUCUUGUUCAGAUGUGGAAGAGGUUUAGAGGAAGUGAUCAACCUCCAGCUCAUUUGGGUUCUAGUAGAGAUUAUAAUGUCGACAUGGUCCCUAAGUACAUUAUGGCAAAUGGUGCUCUUGUGCGGGUCCUCAUUCAUACUGAUGUUACAAAGUACCUGUAUUUCAAAGCUGUUGAUGGCAGCUUUGUGUACAACAAAGGGAAGAUUCACAAGGUGCCUGCGACUGACAUGGAGGCUCUUAAAUCUCCUCUAAUGGGAAUCUUUGAAAAGCGGCGUGCCCGAAAGUUUUUCAUUUAUGUCCAAGAUUACAAUGAAAGUGAUCCUAAAACACACGAAGGAAUGGAUUUGACAAGAAUUACAACUAGAGAACUCAUUUCGAAGUAUGGUCUUGAUGACAACACUGUGGAUUUUAUUGGUCAUGCUUUGGCUCUUCACCGAGAUGACCGUUACUUAAAUGAACCUGCACUGGACACUGUGAAAAGGAUGAAACUUUAUGCAGAGUCUUUAGCGCGUUUUGCUGGAGGGUCCCCGUAUAUCUACCCUUUGUACGGCCUUGGAGAGCUUCCUCAAGCAUUUGCUCGCCUUAGUGCUGUGUAUGGUGGUACCUACAUGUUGAAUAAACCCGAUUGCAAGGUAGAGUUUGAUGAUGAAGGCAAGGUCUGUGGAGUUACAUCGGAAGGUGAAACAGCAAAAUGCAAGAAAGUUGUGUGUGAUCCUUCAUACCUUCCGAACAAGGUGAGAAAGGUUGGGAAAGUUGCCCGAGCUAUUGCUAUCAUGAGCCACCCAAUUCCAAAUACCAAUGAUUCUCAUUCAGCUCAAGUUAUUCUACCUCAGAAGCAGUUGGGCCGCAAAUCGGACAUGUAUUUGUUCUGUUGUUCCUAUUCUCACAAUGUUGCGCCCAAAGGAAAGUUCAUUGCCUUUGUCUCGACUGAAGCUGAGACCGAUCACCCGGAGACUGAACUGAAGCCAGGUAUCGAUCUUCUUGGACAGGUGGACGAGAUUUUCUUCGAGACUUAUGACAGAUAUGAACCGGUUAACGAGCCUUCUCUAGACAAUUGCUUUAUAUCGACUAGUUAUGACGCCACCACUCACUUUGAGUCGACUGUUGUGGAUGUGCUGAAUAUGUAUACUCUGAUCACUGGAAAGGUUCUUGAUCUGAAUGUGGAUUUAAGUGCUGCAAGUGCUGCUGAGGAAUGA